CGACAGCACAUAAACAUUAUCAGUUUGGUUUGAACCUUCGCUCAACCCGUAUUUCAACUGCAGCAGUCUUUCUCGAGACUACCUAUACCUACCGGCUUUUUCCAAUACUCUUUCUUUCAUUCUUCAAGAAUAAUUUAGCCUAACGAAAUAUUUCAUUUUCCAACAUGCCUGGGUCCUCCCAGGCAACUAGAGAUGGGUAAGUGAAUCGCGAAUCGGUCAAAAGAAUCGACUCUUGAAAAAGAGUGAGUGAGCCAAGAUUCUUUUUAAAAAAUUGCGCUAGGGGAUAAUGUUAUAUGGCACGAACUAUUAUUUGAUUAACAAUUGAAACAAGGAGAAACACUAUUAGGCUUAUUAUAAGGAAUGUAAAAGAUAUACACAAGAGGAAUUGAUUUCAACAUCAGAGUAGCAGAGAUCGUAUCAGGGAAAGUGAAGAGAGGGCGGACAACAAUGUUAGGGAAAAGAAGAAAUUAAACUUGCAGCUUGUUGGCAAACGGACAUGCUACAGGACAUCAUGAACCGAAUCGCUGAUUGCCCUCCUUGGAUCCGCUGGGAUUUCUUUUGUGGCCAGAUUUCCAGAACCAAAAUGAAUACCAGCAACUUCGACGAGGACAUUUACGGAGGAUUCUCCGGUGUAACGAACAAACUAUUCAACUACGACGUAAAAGAGGAUAAGGCAUUCCAGAAUGCGAUCAAGACGUCCAGCUACGGGAAAAAGACCGCCACUCCAAAGUACUAUUGGAACGGCGACAAGCUGGGCUCCGCGGAAGCGAUGACAACGAUGGCACGACCUUCAACGGCGAUUCGUCCGGUCGGAUAUUCUUCACAGAACAGCAAACUGUUCGAUCCGCUAAAUCAGGCCGCGAAGAAGAUCGUCGUGAUGGAAAACAGAAAGGAAGAAACUCCGGAACAGCGAUAUAAGAACAUGGAAACUAAAAUCUACGCUUUGCUGGAGGAAUCGAUUAUCGCGAGCACCGGUUCGAAACCGGACAUGGCAGCGGGAUUGGCGAAAGCCAAGGAGGCUUCCGCGCUGGACCGAACGUUGCUGCGAAUGAGAGACCAAGACGGUGGAUCGUUCACCCAUAACUUCGAUCUAACCUUUUUCGUGUUAUUCAAUUUGGCCAAUGUGUACGCUAAAAACGAAAUGUACAUCGAGGCGUUGAACACAUACACUCUGAUGACAAAAAAUAAGAUGUUUCCUAAUGUUAAUCGAUUGAAGAUCAACAUGGGGAAUAUCUAUUUUCAGCUAGGAUUGUACACAAAAGCUAUAAAAAUGUACCGUAUGGCGCUGGAUCAGGUUCCGGGUAAUCAGAAGGAGCUGAGAUUGAAGAUCACUCAUAAUAUCGGGAUUCUUUUUAUUAAAAUGGGGCAGUACUCGGAUGCGGCGACCAGCUUUGAGUUUAUCAUGUCCGAAAAGGGUGAUCUGAAAACAGGACUACAUUUGAUUUUAUGCUACUACGCUCUUGGUGAUGUGGAAAAGAUCAAGCACGCCUUUCAGUUGCUGCUCGACAUUCAGAUUGAUUAUCUUGAGGAUGACAAAAUGUUUCAGGCGAGCUCCAAUCCAUCAUACGAAUACAUCAACGAUAUGAUCAAGUCGGACGAGUUGCACACAUACGAGCAGAAGAUCCGCCACCUGGCAGAGAAAAACAUUCUUGUCUCGGCGAAUCUGAUCUCUACGAUCAUCGAUGAUUAUUUCAACGACGGAUAUAGUUGGUGCGUUGAAACUAUUAAAAAUUCUUACUUUUCGUCCCUAGCAGUGGAUUUAGAGCUCAAAAAGGCUGUCAUCUAUCUGAAGCAGGAUGACAUCCAGCAGGCGAUCGAUACGUUGAAGUACUUUGAAAAGAAAGAGUCGAAUAUUGCUAUCAACGCAGCGAUAAAUUUGAGUUUCAUCUACAUUCUGAAAAAAGACAUCACUACCGCGGAAACAUACACCGAAACGGCUAAGAAGAUCGACAGCUACUGCCCGGCGGCUUUCAUAAACAGUGGCGUCUGCCAUAUGCUCAAGAAUGAUCUGGAAACGGCGAAACUUAUGUUCACGAACGCGCUCGACAUUGACUCGACAUCGUUCGAAGCACUCUACAACAUGGGUCUAAUAUUCAAAAAACUCGGCGAUCACAACAACUCUCUGCUGUACUUCCGCAAAAUCGUUUCGAACCUGGGCCACGAGCAACAUCCGGAAGUACAGUACCAGAUCGCCAACCUGUACGAUCUGCUGGGAGACGUACCAACCGCACUGGAGUACUAUCUGCAACUGCUCAGUUUGGUGCAGCAGGACAACAAAAUCAUUCAGAAGAUUGGUGAAUUGUACGAAACGGAUGGUGAACGGCAGCAGGCAUAUCACUACCAUCACGAAUCGUAUCGCAUCUACCCGAUCGAAUUCAGUGUCGUGAACUGGCUUUGUUCACACUACAUCGAACUGCAGGUAGCGGAAAAAGCGAUCGGGUUUUACGAGAAGGCCGUUCUCAAGAACCCUCUGGAUCCGUAUUAUCUCCUGCGAAUUGCUGGCUGCUACCGCCGAAUUGGAAAUCAGCAAAAGUCGCUGAACUUAUUCAAGGUGAUUCACGACAUCUAUCCGGAGAACACGGACUGUCUUCGAGCGUUGAUACAUUUGAGUCAAUCGCAGGGAAAUAGUGAUCUUUUGGAGAGAUACACUAGUGAGUUACAGAAACUGGAGAAGCAGAAGGAGGUGAGACAACGGAUUGGCACAAGCAGACCUCCGACGACAGGUGGUUCCAAGAAAUCAAGCGGAGAACAUAGUGGAAGAUCUAGUAGUGGAAUGGAUAGCUUUCAAUCGCCGGGAACUGCUUCCGGGUCCGCUUUCGGAGGGAACAAAAGUGCGGAAAUUUCGCCUGAAUAUGCUUUCACGAACGGGUAUGGCUACUCGGAUCCACUGGGACCGCCGCAGGAGCGACCACGAACUGGAAUACGCAGGAAUAUUACAGUUGAUGAUGAGUCGGACGAGGACAUUAACCCGUAUGACUUGCUGCCGGUUUAGGUUGAGUGAUGUUAGUAAUAGAGAUCUUGAAGGGUAUAUGGGUUAUUGUAUUUUCUCUCUCCCUUUCUAUAAAAUCAAGCAUCAAAU